CCCAAAAUUAUGGAUUCAGCCACGAAAACGGCAGAACGUCUACGCAUACAGAUAGCUGCUACUGAGGAGCAGCUUAAGAAUCUGAAAGGUCAACUCGCAGAUUUAGAAGCUCAGAGUUUAGGGAACUCCUUCCAAAAUGUGUCAGUGCAAGAAGAGCUUGAUCCCGUGACUCAUGAGAAAUGGCCCUUGGCUGCGGAGGAUUACAAAAGAUAUGGAAGACAGAUGAUUGUUCCUAAUAUUGGAAUACAAGGACAGCUUCGCCUCAAGAAUGCCUCUGUCCUCAUAGUCGGAGCAGGAGGCUUAGGUUGCCCAGCGGCUGCAUACAUAGCUGGUGCAGGGGUCGGCACAAUAGGUAUCGUAGAUGGAGAUGAAGUCGAAACAUCGAACCUACAUCGCCAAAUUCUACAUAGCACUUCCAAAGUUGGCAUGAAGAAAGUGGAUAGUGCAAUAUUAUACUUGAAAUCCCUAAACCCAAAUCUCAAAUAUAACGCUCAUACUUCUCACCUUACACCAGAGAACAGUCAAGGCAUAGUCUCUCAGUACGACCUUGUCCUCGACUGUACCGACCAUCCCACAUCUCGCUACCUUAUCUCAGACAUCUGCGUCCUCCUUCAGAAACCCCUGGUCUCCGCUUCCGCUUUGAGAACUGAUGGCCAACUCAUCGUACUGAACUCUCCUCCAUUGCUAGCAGGUAAUGAGGCAGGUGGACCUUGCUACAGAUGCGUGUUCCCCAAGCCACCACCAGCCGAGAGCGUAGUGAGCUGUGGAGAUGGCGGCAUUCUUGGGCCUGUAGUUGGCGUAAUGGGCGUAUUGCAAGCGUUAGAAGCUACCAAGCUGAUCGCUAGUGGCAAGUUAACGUCCAGUGGUAGUGAGGAGGCGAAGAAGGAUGCUAGCAUGUUGCUAUUCUCGACAAAUAGUAAUCCGCCGUUCCGAAGCGUCAGAUUGCGGUCAAGACGACCAAAAUGCUUCGCGUGCUCGGCAGAAGCUGGACUGACGUUGGAAGGGCUGAGUAGCGGCAGUCUCGAUUAUGUGCUGUUUUGUGGAAUCAAUGUUCCAGUCAGUAUUCUUGGGCGUGAUGAGAGGAUUGAGGCCAAGGAGUACGCGAAGCUCAAGACAGAGAAUAGAACAGAUCAUCUCUUGGUUGAUGUCAGAGAGAAGGUUCAAUUCGAUAUCUGCAGUAUCGAAGGAUCGGUAAAUGUUCCCUUCUCCAGCUUCCAGGGCAGUCGGUUCAAAGAAGGAGAUGGAAAGCAGCCCACUUGGAUACCACAAUCAUUACCACCGGAUGCACCGAUAUAUGUGGUGUGCAGACUUGGAAAUGAUUCCCAAGUUGUGACAAAAAGACUGAAGGAGUCUGGUCUAAACAAAAACGGAAGAUAUAUAGGAGACAUAAAAGGUGGUCUGAAAUCAUGGAAGGAGCAAGUAGAUAGUUCAUGGCCCGAAUACUAGCCAAUAAAUUGUGCUGAAAAGGGG